CCCUGGACCAGCUGGAAGCACUGGAAGGAUUGAACGCUGGGAACCAGACAAGCAGUCCUGGCCAGUAGCUCACCAGCCCACGGGGCUUGGCCCAGCGCUAAUCGCCCGUCUUUCCUCCAGAACAGCGCUAAGCUGACCACAACUUAGUCUUCUGUCUGCGACUCCGUUUCGUUCUGACUUUCCUCCUUUUUAUUUUAUUUUAUUUUAUUCUUCAAUUUUAUGGAUGUCCUGAACUCUCUCAUGAUUAUCCUUUGAUAGUCUCGAACAGAGGAGACCACUCAAUCCUUUCCCCUUUGAGCCACUCUCUGGAGCGCGUGCCAGUUGCUUUCCCCUCUUUCACACCACCAACCCCCUAAUCCCCCUAAUAGUCCAAUCUCCAUUCUUUGUCCCGUGUGAAUUGGCAUGGACUGUCGAUCGAUGGCUAUUUUUUGAUCUUCACUAGGCUGGUUUCAUGGCGUCUCCUACCUCUCCUGCUCCGACUCGGGGUGCUCCCGCUUCUCGGCCUUCAGAUCCCAUUCCUCAUUCCACAUCUGUGACCACGAUUGAUACUACUCCUGCAACGACGGCGACUAUCACUCCUCCCCCAGACACCCCGACUAGUCGCUACUCCGUUGUCUCCAGAGCCAGCUCCUCUUCUUCUUCCGGCUUGGACUACUACUCCCACACCUCCCCACCUCCCCUUUCGUCGCAAGUCUACGAUCACCGCCAUUCCACCUCUACUUCGGGCCACGAGUACCAUCGGUCCUACGAUCAAGCACAAGUACGGGAAUCUGUCUACCGAAAGCCCGUCCCGCUGCCGUCGCAAGACCAGCAUGCCAGUCCUGUGAUCGACCCUGUCCACCUUUCCUCGCCCUUUUCGAUCAAGAACAAACCCCCUCCCAUUCCUUCUUCUGCUGCCGGUUCUAUAUCCCCUUCGUCCGUCGAGGGAGGCGACUCCUUUGUAUCCGCGCCAAGGAAUUCCAAUAGAUACUCCCGAGGCCGACACCCUGCCAAACCACUCCGUAUCGAUACAACCCCAACAGCCGCGUUUCUCAGGUCCGUGGUUGAGGACGAAGACGACGACGACGACGAAAGCGCCGACUAUUUUGACGAAGAUUACGAGCACCAGUUCACGAAUGGAAGCGGCUUUGGAACCCCCCUGCACAGUCGUCUAGUGAGCGAGCCAUUUAUUCCGAUCCUCAACUCGCCACCCCCUGCUCAGCGCCGCGCGACGAGUAUGGCCUUGCACCCUCCCACGCACCGCCCACCUCCUUUGCAGAUUGAUGUCGAUCCACGAUCCAUGUCCAUGGGCCACGCCGACCCCAAACAGCCUAAAACCCCCGGAAACAAGAUUAGCUCCUUCUUUGGCUGGAAGGCUAAUACCGCAACAUCGCCUGGCGCCGAGUCCUCGAGUACCGAGAUUUCCGACGGCGGCCGAUCACCAAUGCCUUCUCCCAUGCCUCCCCUGGCCAACGUCCCCAUGAGGCCCCCUUCUUCAUACGACACCAAACCUGGUGGAUUUGGCCCACCUGCACGGACGCCAUCAUUAGGGACACUCAGCGCUCACGAUACCGUAUAUGCGUCCAAGUUGGCCGAUCUUGAGAAUGAAUUGCGCGAGAUCAGCUCCGAAUUGGCGGGGUCGAUCCGCCGUGAAAUGGAACUGGAAGAUCUGAUUGAGCGUUUCCAAACAGAGGGACCGGAAGUCAACCGCCGGACGAGUGACUACUUCUCUGAUUCGGGCACCAGUUCCAUUCGAUAUGGUCCGGACCGACACGAAGAUAUUGAAAAGAUCCGUCGGGGUGCGGAGCAGGAACGGGCGCAAUUGAAGGCUGAGUUUUCGCUGAGGCUCCAGGAAGAGCGCGUGCAGCGAGCUGCGUCUGAAUCGCACGUUCAGAUACUGGAGAACCAGGUCCAGCAGCUUCGGCGAGAACGAACGGAUCUAUCAGAUCUCUCAUCGAAAACGAAAGAGUUGGAGACUGCUUUGGAGAACACACGGCGGAAAUUACUCGAGGAACGCCAAUCAAAAGAUAAUUUUGAAGAUCUACUCACAGCCAUGCGCGUGGAACUGGAACAGUUGCGAAAUGAGCGCGAUAUUCUCCGAGAGGGGAAGGCAGCUCCUGUCGUAGAGGCACCUCCCGCGGCGGAAAUGCAGCGAUUGAUCGAAGAGAUCGAGGCAUUGAAGAUUGAGAACGCUUCACUAGCACAGCUGCAAGGCGGGCGGUUCGCAUCCAUUGCCGAAGAGGACGGUGUACAAGCGAAGCGCAACUCUGCGUUUGGUCUUUCACGAGCCAACUCGCUCGCCCGCAAGCCUACUAGUGGUUUGGCGCGCUCCGGUUCCUUGUCUCGCUCCAACUCGGUUUCUAAUAACAAGGACCGGGAGACAAGCGAGUCGCUGGUCGACAAGGUCAAGGAUAUCGAAACCCAGCGAGAUGCGCUCCACCGUACAUUGAGAAGCCUGUUGAGCCGCCACGCCUAUCAGGAGCGCGAAUUUGAGAAGCACGUUCGCCUUCUCGAAGCCGAGGUCAGGCGUGCUCAAGAAGCUGUCCCGCCACGUAAACUGGGUUAUGAGCGAGAGGUGCGCAGCCUGCGUGAUGAGGUGAACCACCUCCGCUUGCGCGCAGAGGAUGCCCUGGAUGGCAAGUGGCAGUGCGAGAAGAACUUGGCGGGUCUCAAGAUGGAUCUCGACCGUGCCGAGCAAGAGACUAGCUCUCUUCGGGUUCUCCUUCAGGAACACGAUAUCGAAGUACCCGAGUGGCUCGAGGCGGAUCAGGAAAGCUUUGCCGAGGUCAUGGCAACCUCAUCUUCGCUGGAAUCGGCCUUCCAACAACUCCAAGCAGACCGGCAACAAGCCGAGGCUAGCGGCGAAUCUGCUGACCUGGAGGCGAUCAAUAUCCGCAGCAAUGAACUCGCGGGCUAUGUCCACCAGCAACUGCAGGUCAACAGCUCCCUCCGCGGCCGUCUGGCAACGGCCAUUGAGAAAGGCGAGCGCGACCAGCAAAUCUCCGUCGAGCGCAUCAACACUCUGCAGAACCGAAUGAAGGAGCUCGAAGAGAACCUUCUGAAUGCCCAGAAUCAUUCCGAGGAGGAACUCGGCAAGCACGAGGAAGAAAUCCGCCUGCUGAAGGAGAAUCACAACGCCCAGUUACAGCGCAUGAAGAACGGGUCUCGCACGCCCGCCAGCCUCUCCCCCCGACCACCAAACACCCCCUUCGCCGGCCGCUCCCCACGCCUGGACCAGACUACCAGCGGCGAGGGUGUUCCCCUAGCGACCGUCGUCCGCGCCGAAGUACUGGAGAAACACGUCAAGGCUCUGGAGCGAGCCAUCCGCGAUGUAGACAUGGAGAUGGAGGAAGUUGUGGGACGGAUGAACCGCGCACAAGUUGAUGUGGCCCAGCUGCAGUCUGACAGGGACGAGGCUCUCCGCCAGACCCGCCGCUUACAGGCAGACAUUCAGGCCGAGAGGGAAACCCUCCGGUCUUUGAUGUAAAGGACCUGACCUUUUUGAUGCUGAUGAUAUAAUAUUUCAUAUCUGGUAUUCCAAAAAGUGUUGCGCUUUGAUCUGGGUCCUGUUUUCAUUUCUAUUUACAUUUUUCACUGCUUUCCUUUACCUAUCUAUACCACCUCGUCUGCAUCUGCAUCAGGACUUCCCCUCCAGCCUUAGGGGUUGGAGAAGCCGGGUGUCCGGGAGUUUUGGGUCCCCCAGCGUUGUUUUUGUCUGUUUAGUAUUUCUGUUUAUUUGUUUGGCUCUUCGUUUUCCACCUUGGAUUUGGAUCUUGGACCUUUAUUUCGUGCGUGUGGCAUCACGCAAUCCGGGCUCGUGUUGGGAGCGACGGUUGUCCAUUUUGCAAGGUUGGGUCGUGUCCACUUCCCACUUGCGCUCGUAUAUACACAUCACCACUACUUACUUUGCUCAUCUAGUAUAUAAUCAUUGAUCAUGCAGUACUUUCCAUAUUUAUGAAAGACUAGCAUUAUUAACUUCCUUUUGACCUCUUUUCCAUCAUGUAGCUUGCUUUUAGACUCAGACUUGGCAGUGUCCUG